AUGUCGAUGUCGUUAAGUCAUGAUCCGGGGGAUUCUGGACUUAUUGGUCUAUCCCAAUGUGUUCAAUCAUAUAUUCGUACUAUUGAAAGAGCCCAGCUGAACCUCGGUUUGGCCUGUGGGAAUCCCAAGUCACCAGCAAUGGUGCUGAAAAUACUGGGUCAAAAAUACCUCCCAACCCUCAACUUUGAAAAUCGGGCUGGAUCAUGGGGUCUUGUCCGACUUCGCUUCUUAGCCAAGUACUAG